UGGGUGACUGAGGUCAAAGGAGUACCAGACGAUCUCCUGAAGGUUAAAGGAGAAAUCGUCCUGACUCCGGAGAAAUGGCACAGCCUUUGUCAGAUCACGACAAAAAGAAGCAGAUUAGUGUGAAGGGAAUUGCACAGGUAGAAAAUGUAACUAAUAUUAAAAAGUCAUUUAAUCAACAUGUGCAUUAUACGUUAGUUAAAGAUCGAAAUGUCGCGACUCCCAGAGAUUAUUAUUUCGCAUUGGCUCACACUGUCAAGGAUCAUUUAGUUAGUAGAUGGAUCAGAACCCAACAGCAUUACUAUGAAAAAGACCCAAAACGUGUAUAUUAUCUUUCAUUGGAAUAUUACAUGGGAAGAUCCCUUACCAAUACUAUGGUGAACCUGGGUAUACAAAGUGCAUGUGAUGAAGCCAUUUAUCAGUUAGGGCUUAAUAUUGAAGAAUUGGAAGAUGUUGAAGAAGAUGCUGGAUUGGGCAAUGGUGGUCUUGGAAGAUUAGCAGCUUGCUUUUUAGAUUCUAUGGCAACUUUGGGUCUUGCAGCUUAUGGCUAUGGCAUACGUUAUGAAUAUGGUAUUUUUGCUCAGAAAAUUAAAAAUGGUGAACAGGUUGAAGAACCAGAUGAUUGGCUAAGGUUUGGAAAUCCUUGGGAAAAAGCUAGACCUGAAUAUAUGCUUCCAGUAAAUUUUUAUGGUCGUGUUGAACAGACAGAAACUGGCUGUAAAUGGGUUGAUACCCAGAUUGUUUUUGCUAUGCCUUAUGACAGUCCAAUACCAGGUUUUCGUAAUAAUGUAGUAAAUACAAUGCGCUUAUGGUCUGCAAAAUCUCCUAAUAGUUUUAAUCUUCGAUUUUUCAACAAUGGUGAUUAUAUUCAAGCAGUAUUAGAUCGAAACUUUGCAGAAAAUAUAUCAAGAGUUCUGUACCCUAAUGAUAAUUUCUUUGAAGGCAAGGAAUUGAGGUUAAAACAAGAAUAUUUUAUGGUAGCUGCAACAUUGCAAGAUAUUUUCAGACGUUUUAAAUCUGCAAAAUUUGGAAGCAGAGAUCCUGUAAGAACAUCGUUUGAAACUUUUCCUCAUAAGGUUGCAAUCCAGUUAAAUGAUACCCAUCCUUCUUUGGCAAUUCCUGAACUUAUGCGCAUAUUGAUGGACAUUGAAGGACUUUUAUGGGAUAAGGCUUGGAAAAUUACUGUGGAGACUUGUGCUUACACUAAUCAUACUGUUCUUCCUGAAGCUUUAGAAAGAUGGCCUGUACAUAUGUUAGAACGUAUAUUACCUCGCCAUCUUCAAAUUAUUUAUGAAAUCAAUUCCAGACAUUUACAAGAAGUUGCUGCAAAAUUCCCAGGAGAUAUGGAUCGGCUUAGAAGAAUGUCACUGAUUGAGGAAGGACAUGAAAAGAGAGUUAACAUGGCUCAUCUUUCUAUAGUUGGAGCUCAUGCAGUUAAUGGUGUAGCAUUUAUUCAUUCAGAAAUUCUUAAAAAAGAUUUAUUUAAAGACUUUUAUGAAAUGACACCUCAUAAAUUCCAAAACAAGACAAAUGGGAUUACACCAAGACGUUGGUUAUUAUUAUGCAAUGUUAGUUUAGCUGAUGCAAUUGCAGAACGUAUUGGAGAAGAAUGGAUAACUCAUUUGGAUCAAUUAAAACUGUUAAAACCUCUUGUAAAUGAUGAUAAGUUUGUUCGUACAAUUCAUACAAUAAAACAGGAAAAUAAAAUGAAAUUAGCUGGUUUAAUACAAAAAGACUAUGGAAUAACUGUAAAUCCCUCUUCUAUGUUUGACAUCCAAGUUAAAAGAAUCCACGAGUAUAAACGUCAAUUACUUAAUUGUCUUCAUAUAAUAACCAUGUACAAUCGAAUCAAACGUAAUCCAAAUGCUCCGAUUGCUCCAAGAACUGUUAUGAUUGGAGGAAAGGCUGCACCAGGCUAUCAUACAGCUAAACAGAUUAUUAAAUUAAUAUGUGCUAUUGGAAAUGUUGUCAACAAUGAUCCUGUUGUUGGAGAUAAACUUAAAGUUAUAUAUUUGGAAAACUAUAGAGUUACACUUGCUGAACAAAUUAUUCCUGCUGCUGAUUUGAGUGAACAGAUUUCAACUGCUGGUACAGAGGCUUCUGGCACAGGCAACAUGAAAUUUAUGUUAAAUGGUGCUCUUACAAUUGGUACAUUAGAUGGUGCAAAUAUAGAAAUGGGUGAAGAAAUGGGAUCUGAAAACAUUUUUAUUUUUGGAAUGACUGUGGAAGAGGUAGAAGCACUUAAACAAAGAGGGUAAGAUUGCUAAUGUCCAAUUAUUGGGCUG